AUGGUUUCCAGAAGAGACAAGCUAUACGAGUGCUCGGAAUGUGAGAAAAGUUUAAUUUCGAAGUCUCGUCUAACUGCUCACCAGAAAAUUCAUAAUGCUAAGAAACCAUUUGACAAGGGCUUAAAACACAAGACACAUCUCACUCAACACCAGAGGAGUCACACUGGAGAGAAGAGAUUUAUGUGCUCUAAAUGUGAAAAGUACUUUGCAAACAAUGAAAAUCUUACUAGACACCAGAGGACUCACACUGGAGAGCAACCAUUUAGAUGCUCAGAAUGUGACAAGUGUUUCUCACUUAAGCAUCAUCUUACUCAACACAAGAUGAUACACACUGGAGAGAAGCCAUUUAAAUGCUCAGAAUGUGAUAAGCGCUUCUCACAGAAGAUUACUCUUACCGAACACCAGAGAACUCACACUGAUGAGAAGCCAUUUAGAUGUUCAGAAUGUGCCAAGUGCUUUACAAAAAAGGGAAAUCUUACUGUCCACCAGAGGUCUCAUACCGGAGAGAAACCAUUUAAAUGCUCAGAAUGUGACGAGUGCUUCAUACGAAAGAGUACUCUUAUUGAACACCAGAGGAUUCACACAGGAGAGAAGAUAUUUAGAUGUUCCGAAUGUGACAAACGCUUCACACAGAAGCCAAAUCUCAUUGAACACCUGAGGAUCCACACAGGAGAGAAACCAUAUGGAUGUUCAGAAUGUGACAAAUGCUUCUCACAAAUGCCAAAUCUAAUUGAACACCAGAGGACUCACACUGGAGAGAAACCAUAUGGAUGCUCAGAAUGUGACAAGUGCUUCUCAAAGAAGCUAAAUCUAAUAGAACAUCAGAGGAUCCACACUGGAGAGAAGCCAUUUAAAUGCUCCGAAUGUGACAAGAGCUUCGCACAAAAGGCAAAUUUUAGUAGACACCAGAAGAUCCACAUUCUAUCUGUUUUGAUGCUCUGA